AAAAUAAUCAUAUUUAACAUUUAAAAGGGAGGUCCCACCUCAUGCUCCCAAACGGUAGCAUUGUGAUCGUUCCCAAACAUCUAUCCAAUUGAUUUGUCCUUUCGAUCCCAUUCUGCUGCAGCUUCUUGCUCCAAUUCAUGCGCUUUAGAUCUGAUUAGAGUGGAAACAAAGGGAGAGUAGAAGGAAAAAGGAAGGAAAAUGGGGAGGAUUGAGUACUUGAAAAUGAGUACUGAUCAAGUAAAGGCCGAUUUGAUUCAAUCUGAUAACGAUGAGCGCAACGUUGCUGCCAAGCGACUCAUCAAUGAUGCCGCUAGGCUCGGUGGCCUCGGCUUUGGUACUUCUUUUCUUAAAUGGGUCGCCUCUUUUGCUGCCAUAUAUUUGCUGAUAUUGGACCGAACAAACUGGAGAACAAACAUUCUAACUGCACUCUUAGUCCCUUAUAUUUUCUUUAGUCUUCCAUCAGUAAUAUUCAACUUCUUUAGAGGUGAGGUUGGAAAAUGGAUUGCUUUCAUUGCAGUGGUGCUUAGGCUUUUCUUUCCUCGACACUUCCCAGAUUGGCUGGAGAUGCCAGGAUCAUUGAUUCUUCUUCUGGUAGUGGCUCCCAGCUUCUUUGCACACACCUUGAAGGACAGCUGGGUUGGUGUGUUGAUAUGCCUCAUCAUUGGUUGUUACCUUCUGCAAGAGCACAUCAGGGCAUCUGGUGGAUUCAGGAAUUCUUUCACACAACCCAAUGGAAUAUCAAACACAAUUGGUAUUAUUUUGCUGUUAGUUUAUCCAGUGUGGGCUCUGGUUCUCCACUUCAUCUAGGCAUUUAUAAUGGACAGAUGAAUGGGACUUGUGAACUGGAUUCGUCAUUUUUUUUUUUUUUUGUCAUUGCUAUAAAUUUGUAACUUAAGGUUUGAAAUCGUAUUUCUGGUCUAUUAUUUAAAUUCUAAUGCUAGCUGCAUAUCGUAGCGAGGAUCUUUUGAUCUA